CAAAUCGAGUGAGUGGGUAAGGAAACGAGGUACACGAACUACGAAGGCGAAGAAGGUGAAGUGCAAGAAAGAAGGAAAUGGAAGAUUUGAAGAAGAGAAAGCUGGAGGAGGCUGCAAAUGGUGAGUGUCCCUCAAAGGAAGAGCUGCGCGUCCUCAUUGAACCCCUCUCUAAAGCUCAGCUCAUCGACCUUCUCGCUAAAUUAGGGUCUCAAUAUCCUUCAAUUGCACAAGAAAUAAAAAGUAUUGCGAGUGUUGAUCCUGUUCAUCGAAAGCUUUUUGUUCGUGGCUUGGCUUGGAACACCACGUCAGAAACCUUGCGUGUUGCAUUUCAAGAGCAUGGAGAAAUUGAGGAAGGGGCUGUCAUCCAUGAUAAGAAUACAGGAAAAUCUCGUGGCUAUGGUUUUAUCACUUACAAGUACAUGGAAUCAACUCAGCAAGCAUUGAGAGCACCUAGCAAGUUAAUUGAUGGAAGAUUGGCCGUCUGUAAUCUGGCUUGUGAAGGACUUAGUGGAUCAAGUAGUGCUCCUGAUCUUGCCCAGAGGAAGCUUUAUAUUGGUAGCUUAUCGCCCGAAGUCACGAGUGAAAUGCUGCUUAACUAUUUUUCAAGGCAUGGUGAAAUAGAGGAAGGUUCAGUUGCAUAUGACAAGGAUACAAAUGAAUCACGUGGUUUUGGCUUCGUUACAUACAAGACAUCAGAAGCUGCAAAGAAGGCCAUCGAUGACCAACAAAAGACUCUUGGGGGAAGGAAUAUAAUAGUAAAAUAUGCUGAUUCGCACAAGAGUAAAACUAGCCAGACAUCAUUUUCCCCAGGAGUGGUUCCAAUGGCAGCCUUACCUAUGGCCUCAGGAUAUGUGCAACCUGGAAAAACUCAUCUUGGUACUACCCUGCCAGUUGGUUACACUUACCCACAAACUAUAGCAUCAUACCCUUCUUAUCAAAGCCCUCCCAGUGUACCUUCUCCUUAUGCAGCUCAAGGACAUGUUCCUUAUCCAACUUCUUUUGCAAAGAAAGAUCAACUUGGUAUCCCAACCCAACCUGUGGCAAUGAACAACUACCCUUAUUACUAUCCCAAGCAAUGAGUAUAUCAAAUUGGGUAUGGUGAUAUUAUUUUUCCUUUUUAUUUCUUUUCUCUUCAGUCCAAAUUAGCCCUUAGAAGCUGUCAAAGCAUCAUUGGUUAUAUGUAAUGCUCUAUUUUCUCCUUGUUUUAUUAUAAAAAAUUUUUUUUGGCCAUUUUGCCACACUUAGGUAGGAUUUUGACAUUUUACAUGUAAGUUGUAAUACUUGGUUAGGUACUCCUGUGAUUAGAACAUUUUUUAUGUACUUUAUUGAUUAUUAUAGAAUGAAAAACAUUUCGAUGG